AUGAAGAUGACUAAGCUCAGGCUUCAAUUGGUGGCUGCAAUCCUUUGCUUCUGCUUCACUUACGUGGUAGUAGCAGAAGCAAGGAUCCAGAACUCUGCCAAGAAAACGUACAUAAUCCACAUGGACAAAUCCACCAUGCCAGAAACCUUCGACGACCAUGAACAAUGGUACGGUUCAUCUCUCAAAACCGCAUCAGGAUCCGCCGGCAUGCUCUACACUUACAGCACACUCAUCCAUGGAUUCUCCACGACACUCUCUCCCGAGGAAGCAGAGUCACUCGAGAAACAGCCUGGAGUGCUCUCGGUUACACCUGAAACCAUCUAUGAGCUCCACACAACCCGAACCCCGAAAUUCCUCGGGCUGGAACAAAGUGAAGCUCUCUUGCCAGCAUCAGGAUCGGUGAGCGAGGUGAUCGUUGGAGUCCUCGACACUGGAGCCUGGCCGGAGCUGGAGAGCUUCAACGAUAAAGGGCUUGGCCCUGUCCCAAGCAACUGGAAAGGAACCUGCGAGGUGGGGAAAAACUUCGAUUCAACAAAAUGCAACAAGAAAUUAAUUGGAGCGAGGUACUUCUUGAAAGGAUACGAAGCAGCUUUCGGACCUGUUGAUGAAACCGUGGAAUCCAAGUCACCGAGAGACGACGAUGGCCAUGGCAGCCACACGUCGACCACCGCAGCCGGUUCGGUCGUGUCCGGAGCUAACCUGUUCGGCUUCGCGUCCGGUUCUGCUCGAGGGAUGGCCCCACAAGCUCGGGUGGCCAUCUACAAAGUGUGCUGGCUUGGCGGGUGUUUCGGGUCGGAUAUUUUAGCCGCCAUGGAGAAAGCCGUGGAAGAUGGCGUCAACGUGAUGUCCAUGUCAAUCGGAGGUGGGAUGUCGGAUUACUACAGGGACACGGUGGCGAUCGGAGCUUUCUCCGCCGCUGCGAGGGGGGUAUUCGUCUCUUGCUCGGCGGGGAACGGCGGGCCAAGCCAGGGCAGCUUGUCGAACGUCGCCCCAUGGAUAACUACCGUGGGAGCUGGAACACUGGAUCGGAGCUUCCCCUCUUACGUCAGCCUCGGAAACGGGAAGAACUUUACUGGGGCGUCGCUCUACAGCGGGAAGCCGCUGACGAACAUGCUGGUUCCUUUGGUCAACGCGGUUAACGCGAGUGAUUCGGCGUCAGGGAACUUGUGCUUGUCGGAUAGCUUAGUUGCGGAGAAGGUCGCCGGAAAGAUUGUGAUUUGUGACCGUGGAGGCAGCAGCAGAGUUCAGAAAGGUCUGGAGGUGAAGAGAGCCGGUGGGGUAGGAAUGAUUCUGGCGAAUACAGAGUUGUACGGUGAGGAGCUGGUUGCAGACUCCCACCUCCUGCCGUCGUCCGCCGUCGGGCAGAAAUCCGCCGACGAAAUCAAAGCGUACGCUGCUUCAGACCCCAAGGCCAUGGCCACGAUUGUCUCCGGCGGGACCCACGUGGGGGUCGAGCCAUCUCCGGUGGUUGCAGCGUUCAGCUCCAGAGGUCCCAACCUGAUCACUCCGGAGGUUCUGAAGCCUGAUGUAAUAGCGCCGGGGGUUAACAUCCUGGCCGGUUGGACCGGGGCAAUAGGUCCAACCGGACUGGCCAACGACACAAGGAGUGUGAGCUUCAACAUCAUUUCCGGAACAUCCAUGUCUUGCCCACACGUGAGCGGCUUAGCAGCUCUGGUCAAGGCAGCUCACCAGGACUGGAGCCCUGCGGCCAUCCGGUCCGCCCUCAUGACCACAGCCUACACGGCUUACAAAACCGGAUCGAUCAUUCAAGACGUGGCCACGGGUCGAGCAGCCACGCCAUUCGAUUACGGAGCUGGACAUGUGAACCCAGUUGCAGCCCUCGAUCCCGGUCUGGUAUACGAUGCGACUGCUGAGGACUAUUUCGAAUUCCUCUGUGCCUUGAACUACACGUCGGAGCUAAUCCAGAGGGCAACGAACAAAGCAUUUACUUGCGACUCCAGCAAGAAGUACAGUCUGGGCGACCUAAACUAUCCGUCUUUCUCUGUCGCUGUCAACACUGCUUCGGGCAAAGGAGGUGGAAGUGGGGCGGCGACUGUAGCCAAGUACAGCCGGACGUUAACCAAUGUAGGGUCUCCGGGGACAUACAAGGUGGAAUUGGCUUCGGAGACUCGGGCAGUGAAGAUGUCAAUCGAGCCAGCGACCCUAACUUUUGGCCAGGAGAAGGAGAAGAAGAGUUACACGGUGACGUUUACUGCAACCUCAAUGCCUUCGGGAACAACCAGCUUUGCUCAUCUGGAAUGGUCAGAUGGAAAGCAUGUCGUUCACAGUCCCAUUGCUUUCAGCUGGGUAUAA